AUGUCUGUCGCCCCCACACCGUCUGCCUUUCGUGGCCAAGCAAUCGUGCAGCCCUCCUACUUUACAUCCUCUCUCUAUGUGGACCCUCUGACUCAAGACAUCAAUUCUCUCUGCGACGAAUUCGCUCAGCGUUAUGCACACGAACAACCCACACAACCGUUCUCGCUCUUCAAAGACGUAUGGGACAGUCAAGGCUGGCCGUGGAUGCACUUCAAAGUCUUUGAUGACAGGACCCGCCAUCUUUUCCUUCGGGUGACAAUGAGGCUAUUCCUCGACAAGACCGCCAGCUCUGAGCCGCCGCUGCACAAAGCAGUGAGCCUCUUCGGUCUGUACAUGUUCUAUUCCACCCAACCCAGCUCGUCCGCCCCGCCCAUAAAAGCCGUUGAUCGACUACCUAUCCCGAGCGACACCUUCACUUCCCUCCUGACGCUAGAUGCCGCUUUCGCCACAGACGGUCUCACACCGCUGCAGCCUUACGUUGUCCACGUUGUCCAGAGCCUAAUCGACGCACGCCUCUUCGAGAUAGCGCCCCCAAGCCACCUCCACGCGCUGAACCCGCGCACCCUCCCGCGGGAGAUCUUCGUCCGGGAGAGCACCCAAGACGAGCCGCCCACCGCCGUCGUCCCCGCCGAGCAGCCGGCGCGCAAGAAACGCGGCCGGCCGUCCAAGCGCGAGAUGCUGCGCAAAGCGAAAGAGUCGAUAGCGACGCUGGACAAGAUGGUCAACGAGCCAUCGGGGGUCGCACCUCCUCAGCUCUCGAGGCAGUCUUACGCGUCGCGCAAGGCGAUGCUGCUCAGUUCUCUUACUGACCCUUCGGAGGACUCCAGUGGUGAGACUGCGUUGGGGCGCGCGAACGCCGCUGUGCUGGAUCGCAUGCGCAAGAUCGACGAAGAGGCGGCCGCUAAGGGGCUAGAAGUCGGAUCGGAAGGUGGAGACAGGACAGGUUUGGGACGCGUUGAACGGGCGGCGGGGCGGGUGGGGGUUGUUUUGGCGGACGGUACUCGUUCAGGUGGCGUUCUCUCCCUGCUAGAGGGCGCUGGCAUGGGCGGUCUAGAUGAGUGAGUUAGUAGCAUGUGGUCUCAGUGGCUGCCUACGUGAUGAGCUCGUCAUAUGCAAUAUAAUUCUAGUGCAUACUCAUAGUCGAAGAUCAUGCACC